AUGGCGUUGGCAACCGAGCUCCUCCCGUCCGUCGUCGCUCCCGCGGUUCUCGCCUGCUGCGUCCUCCUCUCCUUCGCGUCCGGCGGCGUCGACCGCCACCGGAAGCUCCCCGGCUGGCCCGUCGGCGGCGCGACGUGGUAUGGCCCUGCCAACGGCUCCGGAACCGACGGCGGCGCAUGUGGGUACCAGGGAGACGUCGGGCAGCCGCCGUUCAACUCCAUGAUCGCCGCCGGCAGCCCGUCCAUCUACGAGUCCGGCAAGGGCUGCGGCUCUUGCUACCAGGUGAAGUGCACCGGCAACCCCUCUUGCUCCGGCAAACCGGCGACCGUCGUCCUCACCGACCUCUGCCCCGGCGGCCCGUGUCUCGAAGAGCCCGUCCACUUCGACCUGAGCGGGACGGCGUUCGGCGCCAUGGCCAACCCCGGCCAGGCCGAUCAGCUCCGCAACGCCGGCAAGCUCCAAGUCCAAUACAUCAGGGUGCCGUGCAACUGGCAGGGGGUGGACAUCGCCUUCAGGGUGGACGCCGGAUCCAACCAGUACUACCUCGCCGUGCUCGUCGAGGACGAGGCCGGCGACGGCGACCUGUCGGCGGUGGACCUCAUGCAGCCCGGCGGCGGCGGGGCGUGGGCGGCGAUGCAGCGGUCGUGGGGCGCCGUGUGGAAGUACGACUCCGGGCCGGCGCCGCUGCAGGCGCCGAUGUCCAUCCGCCUCACGUCCGGCUCCGGCAGGACGCUCGUCGCCAGCGACGUCAUCCCCGACGGCUGGCAGCCCGGCGGCACGUACCGGUCUAUCGUGAACUUCAAGUGGAGGGAUUGA